AUGCAACGUUGUGCUGUCCAGCAGCAAACAAUGAGCACAAGAGGGCGAGAUGCGGUGGAAGAGGACAACCAAGGCGAGCAUGUGGACAACUCUCGGGAGGGAGCCAACACUCUGAGAAAGUCUGGGCGGAAGAGGCGCAAGAGGGUGCGCAUUGGGGAAGAAGAGUCUCAAUCCGGUGAAGACGCACCAGAGCGUGAUUCGGGCGAUGGAGGAGAGACCACCGCGCGGGACUCUUCGACCUGGCAUAAUGAGACAACCGGGCUGGGAGCUUCAACUGAUGAAGCUCAUGGUUUAGAAAACGAUGACGAGGGACCGGACGGCCCAAGCGACUCUGAGGACGAAGAUGCUCGCGACGUGGAGGAUGAUGAGGAGGCUACGAACGAGGAUGGUGACGAGGAAGAUUCUGACGAGGAUGCUAACGAUGAGUACGGGGAGGAGGUUGAUGACGAGGAACAGGAGGAGGAUGAACAGGAGGAGGAAGAUGAGGAGGAGGAAGUUGAGGAGGAAGAUGAGGAGGAACAGGAGGAGGAACAUGAGGAGGAUGAUGAGGAGGAGCAGGAGGAGGAACAGGAGGAGGAACACAAGGAGGAACAUGAGGAGGAACAUGAGGAGGAAUGGGAGGAGGAACAGGAGAAUCAGGGAGAACGGGAGGAGGAACAGCAGGAGAGAGGCGAGCAUGAGUCUGAGGCAGAACAUGGUAACAACGAUGCCGAGUGCGACAUGGAUCCCAACAGCCAGGGGAUGGGAGGAGUGAAGGCAGAGGUGAUGGGCGGAGUUAAGGCGGACGGGGUGGGCAGAUGCAAGGCUGGGGGAAUGAGCGGAGGCAAGGCAGAGGGAAUGGGCGGAGGCAAGGGCGGGGAAAUGGGCGGAGGCAGGGCAGGGGGGAUGAGCACAAGCCAGGCAGGGGGGAGGUAG